UCUAAUCAAGACUUCAUCUUCUGAAUCGACAUCCUUCAUUCGGGUAAGUUAUUUUUUGACCUUGAUUUCUUUAUAUCUUGUAUCUAGGUCAGAUAAAAUUUAGGGAAAACUUGUAAAUUGUAGUCGAAAAGUUUGGUAAUAGUUUUGUAAGCGAGAUUGUGGUUUGAAAUUGGGGAAAACAGCUUGAAACUGUAGAAUUGGUAUAAAUUGAAAAAAAAAAACAAGAGCUCGCGAUUUUAUGGGUUCUUUCUUACUGGAUCCAAUUGGUUUUCCUGGUUUAUUAUUUGUGAUAUGAAACCGAAAUCUCUUUGACUGUUAGGAUAAAUGUAAACUGAAAUGGAGUAGGUGAUUUAUUGAAUGAAUGAAAGGUUUGAGAUUAGGUAAAGUAAUAAUUCUAGAUUAUGCCUAAAUGUGUGUUGUUGUGUUGUUUUUGGAUGUUCAGAGGAAGUAGAUAAUGGCAGGUAACCGUGGAGGAAAAAAAAAGACUACAAAGAAAAGUGGAAAAUCCACAACAGCUCCUGUUGCUGAAGAGCAUGUGGAAGAGCUAUCAGACGGAAACAAUAGUGAUGAUAUGUGUGACCCCCCCUCUGAGGGAAUGAAUGGCCUAAAAAGAAAGCGUACAUUUACUGGAGGUGGAGUCUCCAGUAGAACUAGAGCUAGAAAAGCGGUAUCAAAUAGGAAUGAGCCGGUUAGAGAAGAGAGUAAUCCAGUGAGAGGAACGACUGUAGUUUCGCUCUCACUUGAUACCGAAAGUGAAGGCAUAUCUGCUGUUUCCUCCAAGGAAAGACAACCACCACAGCCCCUUGAAAUGUACUUCAAAAACACACAGUACCUGAAGACUUGCAAGAUUCAGACCAAGUGCCGUGUGAAGAACACAGUUGAUGUGAUUAAGGAACUUAAAGAGGAGGUCGGCUGGUUCACGAGUCAUCCUCAGUUUUGUCAUUUCUUCCACAUGCCUGAAGAAGAAUUCCUGAAGCUCCAAGGAAUGUGGAUGUUACUGCUGCACACCAUUCGUAUUGAAGGAGAAGAUGCUGCAUGGUUUGGGGUGAAUGGUGUGCCCAUCCGCUACUCUAUGAGGGAGCAUGCCCUCAUCUCUGGCUUGGACUGCCAUGAGUAUCCGAGUGGACAUCUGAAGCUCGGAGGUACUAAGUUUAUGGAUUAUUACUUCGGUGAUAAGAAGAAGAUCACCAUAGUAGAUGUGAAACAGAAGCUGCAAUCUAUGGGGACAGCAUGUAAUGAUAGAUUGAAGAUGGCUGUCCUGUUCUUCCUUGGUCGGAUUAUCAGAGGAACGACGAAGGAUUCUGCAGCAUUAGACCCGUUCAUUUUAAGGAUAGUGGACGAUUUGGAUGUUUGCAGAACAUUUCCUUGGGGUCGUCUAACAUUUGAUGAUGCAAUGAAGGAGAUUAAGCAUGUAAUGGAGCUUCUGAAGGGUGAAGUGCACCAUGCAACCGGCUUUAAUGGAUUCAUAAUUCCAUUAGAGGUAAAACACACAAUUUAGCAUUAACUGAAAUUUUUGUUAUUUAUUACUGAAAAUCUGACACUAUGACA